UUUCAAUCUCAAGAUUUAAUCUAAUAAAUCCGAAAAUUCAUAGACUUUGGUAUUUUGAGUCUGGAUAAUAUUUUUUUAGAUAUUCGACGUAUACUGUGCGCGUCUAUUGGUGCAUAUUGACGCUCUCGAACAUAAGCUUUAGGUUCACUUCUACACUAGGCAGUUAUUCUUCAGGUUCAAAGGACGAGUCUUGCGUUGGUCUGUAAUUGUAUCAUCUCCAAAUGGAUUUCACUAUUCGGGCUGCUACACCAGAAGAUUGUAAAGACAUAUCUCGGAUGAUAAUAGAAUUGGCUGACUAUGAAAAAAUGUCCGACCAGGUCAAGAUAUCUCAUGAAGUGCUGAAACAGGACGGCUUCUGUCAAAAUCCCUUCUACCACUGUCUCAUUGCAGAGGUGCCAGAGGAACACAAAACUAAAGAUGGACACGUCAAGGUUGGCUACGGCCUAUUCUUCUAUACCUAUAGCACAUGGAAAGGCAGGUGUGUUUAUUUGGAGGAUCUCUAUGUCAUGCCAGAAUUUCGAGGUAAAGGGAUUGGGAAAGCACUGAUGAGCUCAGUGGCCAGAGUGGGCAAGGAGCAGCAGUGUGCCCGCUUGCAACUGUCUGUUCUGGACUGGAACACUCCCUCAAUGGACUUCUACAUUGCCAAGGGUGCUCAGAACCUCACCAAGAGUGAAGGGUGGCACUUCCUUCGUUUCGACGGGGAAGCGCUGGACAAGCUUGCAGAAGAGGCCCCGAAGAAGUAAUACUUAAGGAAUCUUAGCUGUGAGGAUUUUGUUGUGACUGUGUGUGUUUAGCCAGCUAUGUUCCUUUCAUACUUUACAUCAUUGUUAGUAACUGUAAGUGGGCAGUUCCAGCGUUAUGGAUGUGACAAUUGGACUCAUAUUGGUAAACAAAAUGCCUAAGAGUGGGGGCAAAAUUAGUAUCAGUGAAUUAAUUU